AUGGCUGACCCUUCCCUUGAAGUAUGUCCAGACUUCACCGGUGACUUGUUCGCAGCCAUCCGUGAAGACCUAGUCAAUGCAACCGGUUCCACACACCAAGCAGUAGCAGACAGGUUGAGAAAUGUGUGGGUAGUAGAUCAUGAAGCGAGAGUCCUCGAAUGGAACCAUCAACGAGAUGAGGAGGCCCAAGAAGAGGCCGAAAUAGAACGGGCUCAAGCAGCCCACGAGGAAGAAGAACACAUAGCGAAAGAGGCGGAAGCCGAGAAAGAUCACCUCGAGCUGGAGAAGAAGAAGCCCAAGAUGAAUAGUUUCAAUGCAACAGCCACCGUCGGCGACGCCAUCGCUCCUCGUCCCUCCCAAUAUGCGAUCCAGAAACUGAACAACUUCGAAUACGUAGAAUUAUGGUACUUCUCCCCAGAGGGAUGCAAGGAGGCCAUGAAAAUGUCUCGUUCCAUGGCUGAUGACACCUUCAGUUUAGCAAAGCUCAACGACCAACUAACCAUCCGCCCAUCCUCAGCAUUCAAAGCUUCGAGGUCGGCGAUCCCGGACCAUGAACUAUCAUUUUCCGUUUUCCUCCGGGCAAAGAACCUAUUCCUUACCCAGGCCAACGCGGCAAAGUGGCCCCAAACCCACCUAGACGCCCUCGCCUUGUUCUUUUGGCACCUGGAGAACCAUUCCAUCCGCAACAAUAGCGAACUCGGAGACUUAGUCAUUAUGCACUAUGCAUCCCGGGUAUGCCUGGAUUGGCACGAUCACCUCAAGCGCGACAAAGGCUUCAACAUUGGUAUCAUUAACGAGACCUUGCUACGGUCUAUAAACGAGGAAAUAUGGGAUAGAGUGCAUUCGAGAACCUUGGUCAUGUCACAGAAUUAG